CAAUGCAACGCACAACACAGGCCUACAAAUAAAAACAUUAAAAUUAUGACAUGUAAAACAACAUAACUAUCAGCGCAUGAUCGUUCACUCGUUUAAAAUGUUGAGAUAGAUUUACGGAAACAUGAUUCAUGAGAACGUGUCACGUAAUUUAACAUUAACAAUGAUAUUGAGUUAUCUGUCAUUUAUAGCGGAUGACGUAGCAUGUCGAAAUGCAUGAAGAAUUAAACAAUGAUAAACAGUCAGACGUGACGAUUCAGUCAAAAAUUGCAAUGCACAAACGGCAGUUAAUUAUGCAAAGUUCUGUAUUUAUUUUGUAACAUUUGGUGCUAGUUACAUGUAUAUUUUUUAAGGAGAAGUAUAUACAUAUAAGUUCAGCAAUAAAAUGGACCAAAGAAUUAAAGAAUGGAGACGUUAUGUACUUGUACAACCACCUAUAAUGAUAUUAAUAUUUGCUCAAGCAUUAACAAGUAAUAUUUUAACGAAUUUGAUAGUGUAUCGUGUUUGUAGUAUAACCAGAAGUACAACCUGAAGCAAGUAAAAUUUUAAUGGUAAAAACUUUUAUGGAAUGUAUUAUUCCGACAUUUUUAUCUUUAUUUUUGGGACCAUGGAGUGAUAAACAUGGAAGGAAAAGUAUAUUAAUGUUAGGAUAUGUUGGUAUAUCACUAACAUACUUAAUUUUCUCCAUCAUAACCAUUUGGGAUAUCAGUCCAUGGUUUUUAUUAGUUGCAUAUAUUCCAUACUCAUGUUUUGGAGGAUUUUGUACAGUUUUGUUGGGUACCAUCUGUUACAUCACAGACAUAUCGAAUGAGAAAGAUAGGGCAUUACAAUUGGCUUGGAUGGAAGCUUUGAUUUUUCUUGGUGUCAUAUCUGGUUUUUUAGUAGGUCCUAUUGUUUUUCGAGCGUAUGGAUAUACAACUGUAUUUGGCCUUGCUACAGUAGGUUGCAUUUUACCAGGACUCUAUAUUUGCUUCUUCGUACCUGAGACUAUAUCUAAUAACAAUGUUACAACUUUGAACAGUUUGUUCGAUCUAAAUUUAGUUAAGGAACUUAUUAUUACGUGUACCAAGAAACGAGAUGGUUUUAAUCGAUAUAUAGUUUGGUGCUGUAUAAUUGUGAUGAAUCUGUUAGUAAUUGUUUUUCAAGGAGAAACAACUAUUGGAUAUCUAUUUACAAGUGCCCGACUUGGCUGGGAUGUAGACAAAUAUUCUAUUUAUGUAGCAAUUAGGUUACUUCUCAUAACUUUUGGAAUAAUGUUCGGAGUAAAUGUUUUAACGACUUACGCAGGAUUAUCCGAAGAGACAGUGGCUAUAUUGUCAGUAUUUUCAUUUUUAUCUUCUUCGUUAGUUCAAAGUUUAACAUGGAAACCAUGGCACAUGUAUAUAUCAGCAGGGAUUGGUACAUUCAGUGGUGUUGCUAGUCCAAUGUUGCGGGCUAUAUUAUCUAAAUCUGUGCCUUCAAAAGAUACCGGUAAAGUAUUUUCUUUGACAGUAUCUAUAGAAACAUUAACACCAGCUGCAGCAGCUGCAUUAUAUGGGAUGAUUUAUUCGUACUUUAUGCCACCUAUCUAUCCUCUACCAGUUUAUCUAGUAUCUGUAGCAAUUUGUGUUAUUACGAUACUGUUCUUGAUAAACAUACGAAUCCAAAAUAAAACUGUUAAUUGCGCGGUAUAUGAACCUUUGACACAAGAUAAUGAAUAAUCGUGGGUUCUUAUCGAUAUUUACGAAAAAUGUGAUGGAAAAGACGCACAAAAAACUACAAAUAUACAAUAGUAAAUGAGAUUUUAUUUCUUGAAUCUACGAUUAAUGAAUACUUAUUUAUGUAUAUUUUAUAUGCUUUUACAAUGUAAUAUUAACACAAAAUAAAAUAUGAAAUUUUAAUUAAC